GCACACUGCUGGCUCAUGUUCAGUGGCUGCCAACCAGCACCCCCAGGUCCUUCUCUGCCGGGCAGUUUCCCGGCUACGCUUCGGGGUCCCCGCUGCCCCGCUGGGGCCCAGGCCGCGGCCCCCGAAAACCCCGGCGGCUCAGCCCCGGCGGGGAAAGCGGGUGCAGCCGCCCCGCACCCCCGCCGCGGCAAGGGGCGGGCGGCCCAGCACCGCCUCCCGGGAUUCCCCGGGGCGGGGCUCGGUGGCGUCACCGUCCGCGCGCGUCAGGCGGCCGGUGCCGGAAGCGCGGGGCGGAAGGCGGGAGCUGCCCGGCAGCGGGGCGGAGGGGCCAUGGCGGCGGGGUACCAGUACAGGCCCACCGGCGGCGGCGGCGGCGCCCUGCCGGACCCCGCCUUCCUGUGGAACGUCUUCCAGAGGGUUGAUAAAGAUAGGAGUGGAAUAAUAUCUGACAAUGAACUUCAGCAGGCAUUAUCCAAUGGCACGUGGACUCCAUUUAAUCCAGCAACAGUCAGGUCAAUCCUUGGAAUGUUUGACAGAGAAAACAAAGGUGGUGUGAACUUCAACGAAUUCACAGGAGUCUGGAAGUACAUCUCAGACUGGCAGAAUGUCUUUCGCACGUAUGACAGAGACAAUUCUGGAAUGAUUGACAAAAAUGAACUAAAGCAAGCACUAACAGGUUUUGGUUACCGACUGUCUGAUCAAUUCUACGAUAUCCUUAUUCGGAAAUUUGACAGACAAGCAAGAGGACAAGUUGCUUUUGAUGACUUUAUUCAGUGCUGUGUUGUUUUACAGAGGCUGACUGAUGUGUUCCGACGAUAUGACACUGAUCAAGAUGGCUGGAUUCAAGUGUCCUACGAGCAGUAUCUUUCCAUGGUCUUCAGCAUCGUAUGACACUGAUAACUGGGGACUGCACGCUGGCAUCACACAGACUGGAAUUGCCAAAUCGUCAUGUACUGAAACAAGAUUAUUGAUGUAUUAUAAUGGAUGUAACUUCACAUUCUUAAAUUUUGUAUAUUGGCCAUCACCUUCAGAACCUGUACUCAAGUUGGUUGUUUUUUUUGUAGGACCGUAUGAUAUGACCAUCUCUGCUUACUCUAGUACAGAAAGCACAGAAUCUAGAUUUAACUGGUGCAAUGUCAAACUUGACCCUCGUUCACAUAUCCUGCACGCCAAAUUAAAAUAAUGCUUGUUAGUUUAUAAGAGAAAGUCAGAAGUUGCACAACAUGUUUUGCAUGUGCCUUACUUUUGUAAGAGAUUAAUGUAUUAAUUUUUAAUACAGAACUUAAAAUUAAGUAAAAAUAUUAGAUCAA